AUUUCAUGUUAAAUAUAAACAUAAAAUACUAUAUACAUAGUUUUCAGUAUUUUACCUCUCAAAACAGUUUGUUAACUUCAUUAUUAUGCAAAAUGGAGUAUACACAGUUAGGUUUGCUUGAAAUCCAAUUAUUGAGAAAAUGAGAAAAAUGGUUUAAGAUGAAGGACAAAAAGUUCAAGGUCGUUGAAGACGAUAAAUUGACUGGACCCGAUGUUGAUCAGGGACAUGCCUGGGUAAUACUUGCAGGAUGUUUUAUUAUUUACUGGCUAAUCAUCGGGACAAUAAAGUCUUACGGGAUUUUAUACACGGAAAUGGUGUCGUACUAUGACACGGGUUCUGGCAGUACUGCAUGGAUAGGAAGCCUUAUUUUAUUUAUUAUGCUCGGAAUGGCACCAGUUUCAAAUCUAUUGAGUAAGAUCUAUUCGUUUCGGAAAAUUUGCUUUAUUGGAGGUGUGUUGUUGGGUAUAGGGUAUUUCAUGUCUGGAUUUGUGCCCCAGAUGGAGUUGUUGUACCUUACACUUGGGAUUGUUGGAGGUGUCGGAUAUGGUUUAGUUUUUGCCCCUACUUCCACUAUAAUAAGUUAUUACUUCGAUAAUCACAGGGCUCUUGCUAAUGGUAUAAUGGUGUCUGGUAGUGGUGUAGGUGCUUUAACGCAUCCAUUUAUAUACAGAUUUUUGGUUGACAUGUUUGGUUUACCCGGUACAAUGUGGAUACUGGGAGCGUUCUUGGCAAACGUCUGUGCGGCAGCCUGUCUCUUCCGACAACCACCCAUUCUUCACCUUGAAACGGAACAUCCAGCUACUAACCACAAGAUAAGCAGUGAUGAAGAAUCAUUUCUCAAUAAUGAUACUGAAAUAUACCAGGAUCAGCAUAAACCGCCAGGCAAAUGUGGGCAAUUAAAUUUUCAGUUUUCUUUGUUCCGAAAUCCAAGAUUUACAAUGUACUGUAUAGGAUUUAUUCUGUGCAUGAAUGGAUACGGUAAUAACCUUAUUCUAAUACCAGCGCAAAUUAAAGCACUGGGGUAUGACAACGCGCAUGCGGGGUACGGUGUUAAUAUCAUGGGCGUCUGUGAAGUGUUUGCUAGAUUAUUCUUCGGAUGGAUUGCUGACCAAAAAUGUAUACAAAGGAGACACAUAUUUCUAAUGAGUAUGCUUACAGCUAGUUUAUUUUCAUUUAUUGCUCCGUUGUUCAAUAGUUUUAUAUUCAUGGCAAUUUAUGCUGGAAUAAUAGGAACGUUUCCGGGUUCAUUCUGGAGUUUAUUAUCAGUUCUUAUCAUAGAUGUGGUAGGGAUAGACAAUUUUACAUCUGCAUAUGGUCUGCUAAUGCUAUGUUUGGCCGUCGGAGUCGUUGUCAGCCAGCCUUGUGUAGGCUGGCUUGAGGAUUACUAUGGCAACUGGAAUGCAUCUUUUAUAAUGACCGCCUGCUUAUUUCUGAUUGGAGGUUUAGUCGUGUCACUGGAACCAGUUAUCAUACGAUAUUGUACGACAGCACCACUUCCGGUAAAUGAGGACGAUAACAAUAUACAUGUAGACCAUGGCCACCGGUUGUCAAACAAACCUAACAAUGAAACUGGUAUUGUUGAUACUAGUGAAACUGGAUCGUUGUUGGUUGUAAACGCUGAUGAAGAUGAGUUCACCUCGUCCAGAAUAAGUAGAACUUACACACCGUAUGAUAGGGAAACAGAUUUUAAAAGUGAAGAUGUGACGUCACCGGCACCUUUAGCUAAUAAAAAUGAGAUUUAAAAUUAUUUAUAAGCCAGUUUUUCAAGUUUCUCUACUUGUAAUAGAGUUGGUAAGCGAACAGCAUGGAUCCUGAUCAGAUCAGACUGCGCGGAUGCGCAGGCUGGUCUGGAUCCAUGCUGGUUGCAAACCCAUUAUGUUGGUUUUGUCAUGGCACGGCUCAUUUCAAUAUUGAACUUCCGCACUUAACAAUAUUUGAUUCGCAGCCCUGACAACUGAAGAAUAGAUUGGUUCGUUGCACAGACAGAUUUAACAGAAAAUGUGUUCAAAUGAAUAUUGACAAAAACAAUUGCCUAUUUCAAUAAUAGAGGAUAAAGCAUUAUAUGACAGUUACUCAUUAACCUGCUGUAUUUCUUAAAUGGA